CACAGGCACACACCCUCCCACACGCGCGCACUCGGGCAGAGCCCGCGGGCGGGAGGCGGAGGCACCCUCGGAGGCCGGCGCCCGGCGGGGAGGGGGCGUGCGACCGGGGACCGGCCCCGAGGCGCAGGAUGGAGGAGGAGAUGCAGCCGGCGGAGGAGGGGCCCAGCGUCCCCAAAAUCUACAAGCAGCGCAGCCCCUACAGCGUCCUCAAGACGUUCCCCAGCAAGAGACCGGCGCUGGCCAAGCGCUACGACAGACCCACCCUAGUGGAGCUGCCGCACGUCCGGCCGCCGCCGCCGCCCCCGCCGCCCUUCGCGCCGCACGCCGCCGUCUCCAUCAGCAGCAGCGAGCCGCCGCCGCCGCCGCCGCCGCCGCCGCCGCCGCAGCAGCAGUUCCAGGCGCAGAGCUCCUACACCCCCGGGCCCGGCCGGGCCGCCGCCGCCGCCUCAUCGUCGUCUCCAUCCUGCACGCCCGCCGCGUCCCAGGGCCACCUGAGGACUCCGGCGCCGCCGCCGGCGUCCCCCGCCGCCUCCUCAUCCUCGUCCUUCGCCGCCGUCGUCAGGUAUGGCCCGGGCCCGGCGGCCGCAACGGGCAGCAGCAGCGCAGGCAGCGACGGCGCCAGCCUGGAGCUCAGUGCAGCUUCAUCUUCCACUAGGAGGAACCUCACAUACACAGGAAUGGAUGCCCCAGUCCAAACUUCCAGGCUCUGGCACCAUGGUCUGUCUUUGGGAGAAUGGCUCAGGGAAGAGUCCAGCACAGGCCCUCGAAGCAGUUUGAAGAGUCGAAUGAUCUUGGAUGCCUUUGCCCAGCAAUGCAGUCGAGUUCUUAGUCUCUUAAAUUGUGGAGGAAAGCUUCUGGACUCCAACCAUUCCCAAUCCAUGAUUUCUUGCGUAAAGCAGGAAGGCUCGAGUUAUACUGAAAGACAGGAGCAGUGUCCCAUCGGGAAAGGGGUCCACAGUCAGACCUCAGAUAACGUAGACGUAGACAUGCAAUAUAUGCAAAGGAAACAACAGACUUCUGCCUUUUUGAGGGUUUUCACUGACUCCCUACAAAAUUACCUGCUCUCGGGGAGCUUCCCGACUCCAAACGCCUCAUCGGUCAGUGAGUACGGCCACCUGGCCGACGUGGAUCCUCUGUCAACCUCCCCCGUGCAUACACUAGGUGGCUGGACCUCCCCGGCAACCUCUGAAUCCCAUGGUCACCCAUCCUCUUCUACGCUGCCAGAGGAGGAGGAAGAGGAGGAAGAGGAAGGCUACUGUCCGAGAUGUCAAGAACUGGAGCAGGAGGUUAUUUCGCUGCAACAAGAAAAUGAAGAGCUCAGACGGAAAUUAGAGAGCAUCCCAGUGCCCUGCCAGACCGUCUUAGAUUACCUGAAGACCGUGCUGCAGCACCACAACCAGCUCCUGGUCCCUCAGCCCGCCGACCAGCCAACCGAGGGGAGCAAGCAGCUGCUGAACAACUAUCCUGUCUACAUAACGAGCAAACAGUGGGACGAGGCUGUAAAUUCUUCCAAGAAAGACGGGAGGCGGCUCCUUCGAUACCUCAUCAGAUUUGUUUUCACAACCGAUGAGCUUAAGUACUCAUGCGGCCUUGGGAAAAGGAAAAGGUCAGUGCAGUCAGGAGAGACAGGUCCUGAAAGACGCCCUCUGGAUCCAGUUAAAGUAACAUGCCUCCGAGAAUUCAUUAGGAUGCACUGUACCUCCAACCCAGACUGGUGGAUGCCCUCGGAGGAGCAGAUCAACAAAGUGUUCAGCGACGCCGUGGGGCAUGCCCGGCAGGGGCGGGCAGUGGGGACUUUCCUGCACAAUGGUGGCUCAUUUUACGAAGGGAUCGAUCACCAGGCUUCCCAGGAUGAGGCCUUCAAUAAAAAUUCUCAGGAUGGGUCUGGGGAUUAGUGGACAAAAUCUGGACACUG